AACAAGACUACACUUCCCAUGCUGCACCGCGCUCGCGUCGUUCCGCUGCUGUCACUUUGCCGAUGCGAGAGAUUCGCCCAGCAGCAUCUCAUUCGAGCGGCAGCGCAAAAAAAAAAAUGCACUGAAAUACGCAUCUUAGGACAUUUCCACCCUCUUUCGCUUUGCCAUGAGGGCGUGUGACGGGAAUAACGGGCAUGUUCGCACCGGAUUACGUCCCUUUCUUCUGAAAGAAAUGCGGAUUGCUUUGCGCUCGAGGUGUUAACGCAGAAACCAAAAAGAAAAAAAAAUUGAGCAAAAUGAAGAAGCAAUUCAAUCGGAUGCGACAGCUCGCCAACCAGACUGUUGGCAGGGCAGAAAAAACUGAGGUACUUAGUGAAGACCUGCUACAGGUGGAGAAGCGUUUGGACCUGGUGAAACAGGUCUCUCAUAGCACACAUAAGAAGCUCACAGCAUGUCUACAGGGUCAACAAGGCACAGAAAUAGAAAAGAGAUCUGUCAAAUCACCUUCGAAAAAGCUUCCACUGACUACACUUGCUCAAUGUAUGGUGGAGGGAGCUGCUGUUUUAGGAGACGACUCUCUACUUGGCAAGAUGCUGAAGCUCUGUGGAGAUACAGAGGAGAAGUUGGCCCAAGAGCUGCUCGUCUUUGAGCUUCAGAUUGAAAGAGAUGUCGUGGAGCCUCUUUAUGUGCUGGCUGAGGUGGAAAUUCCGAACAUUCAGAAACAGCGAAAACAUUUAGCCAAACUUGUUCUAGACAUGGAUUCUGCAAGGACACGGUGGCAACAAUCAUCCAAGUCUUCAGGUCACCCUAGUAACGUGCAGCAGGGUGGAGCCAAGUCUGAUUCCCUGAGGGAGGAAAUGGAGGAGACGGCCAAUCGGAUGGAGAUCUGCAGGGACCAGUUAUCAGCGGACAUGUACAACUUUGUGGCCAAAGAAAUAGACUAUGCAAACUACUUUCAAACGCUCAUUGAGGUUCAGGCCGAGUACCACAGGAAGUCUCUGGAGAUCCUGCAGAGUGUCCUGCCGCAGAUCAAAGCUCACCAGGAGGCCUGGAUAGAGAAGCCAUCGUAUGGGAAGGCCUUAGAGGAACAUCUAGCCAUCAGCGGCAGGGAGAUUGCCUUUCCUAUCGAGGCUUGCGUCACCAUGCUGCUCGAAUGUGGCAUGCAGGAAGAGGGUUUAUUUCGAGUGGCUCCCUCUGCCUCCAAACUGAAGAAGCUGAAAGCGUCGCUGGACUGUGGCGUUAUGGAUGUGCAAGAAUACUCAGCCGACCCGCACGCCAUCGCCGGGGCGUUAAAGUCUUAUCUCCGUGAGCUUCCUGAACCUCUAAUGACAUUUGAGCUCUAUGAUGAAUGGAUUCAAGCCUCAAAUAUUCAGGAUAUGGACAAAAGGCUUCAAGCCCUGUUGUGUACAUGUGAGAAACUACCAGCAGACAAUCUGAACAACUUCAGAUAUUUAAUCAAAUUCUUAUCCAAACUCACAGAGUACCAAGACUCUAAUAAAAUGACACCAGGCAACAUUGCAAUAGUUCUCGGACCCAACCUGCUGUGGACACAUUCAGAAGGGAACAUGACAGAAAUGAUGACCACCAUGUCCCUGCAAAUCGUAGGAAUCAUUGAGCCGAUCAUCCAGCACGCGGACUGGUUCUUCCCUGGAGAAAUUGAGUUCAACCUGACAGGCAGCUACGGCAGCCCAGUGCACACCAACCACAACUCCAACUACAGCUCCAUGCCCUCACCAGAUAUGGACCAAUCAGAGCGCAAGCAGCAGCACGACCAGAGCCGACGCCCACUCAGCGUUGCCACCGACAACAUGAUGCUGGAGUUCUACAAGAAGGACGGCAUUAGGAAAAUUCAAAGUGUGGGUGUCAGAGUCAUGGACACCUCAUGGGUGAAAGGCAAAAGCACCUCUACACUUUCCCGUAAAUCCUCAUCCACACCUCCCAGUGGUCAACCACCUGGAUCACCAGCAGACACACUGAUCUCAGAGCAGGCUGGUGAGCUGGCAACAUCUCCAAUCCCGACCCCCCCUCCUGGAGACAGGGGCAGCUCAGACGACGUGUCGCCCAAUCGGCCGGAUUCCUCACAUGUCUAUGUGUCCCACGUGGAGGAGCGGCCACCCCCUCCGUACCCUUCCUCGUCCUCCCAUCCCGGCCCUCACCAUUUCUACCCCAAGCCCCCUCCCUGCGCUCGUCCUGUGGCCCCUGGCCCAGAGUCCCAGCCACCUGCCUCUCCGCCUCCACCCCUGCGGUGGUCUGGCUUUGCCCCACCCCAGCCCCCGCACCAACCUCAGCACCAGCACCAGCCUCAGCCCCAGCUACCACCCCCUUCCUCCUCCUCCUCCUCCUCCUCUUGCUCACUCGAUAUCAACUCCAACCCCAAGCCUAGCUGCCUGCACUUUCCCAAACACGGCCCUGUGUGUGACGCACCGCAUGCCUCUAUGCUCCAUGACGUCAAUUCUUCGCCCCUCUACAUUAAAACCCCUCUCGUGCUGACCCGCCACGACCCCCCUAGCCUCCCCUCUUCCGCUCCCCCGCCGUGGGCUGCCUGUCCAUGUGCCCGUGAGAGAGGACCCCCCAGGCUGACUAGUACUCUGAAGAGUAAGGAACUCUCUCCUGUGAUUGGCCACAAGGCUGUGCAGGCGUCAGGAUCAACAGUGCCCCCUGUCGGCGGCCAGCAGAGCAACAGCCAGUCUCCACACUCGGCCGAGCACAGCCCACACACCUUACGCAAAGUGUCUAAGAAAUUGGCCCCUGUGCCGCCCAAGGUUCCCUACGGCCAGUCGGGGGGGAUGUCAGACCAAUCCACAGGUCAGCCGUCUCCGGUUAGCCUGUCCCCCACUCCCCCAAGUACCCCCUCCCCUUACGGUUUGGGCUGUCCCCCUGGACAUGCGCCCACCUCUUCCCCUGGCCAGACCCCAUUAGGGGGACCCCAUACACUGUCCUCACCACCAACUUCUCUGACUGGUACGCUCACAAAGUCCCGGCCCAACCCAAAGCCCAGGCAGAGACCCAGUCUGCCCCCUCCCCAGCCGCCCACCGUGCCCCCUACGGUCCCCCAGCCCCUGGAGCAGGGUCUACUUGACGGAUUAUCCCCCGGAGAGAGCAUGUCCACAGCUGUGUGAGGCCAGGGACUGAGUGUGGGCUGAGUGUGAGGGGGACAUUUAGGGUAAGCCAGAACCUGCUGUGCCCGUGCCAUAGCCUCAUCUCACACCGUCUGGCCUGGUGCUGUGGCUGAAUCCGGGGCCUACCGUAGCCUUGCUCUGUCUCAUAUCGUAACACACUCCCUUCUCCAGCUCUGUCAUUCUCCUCCAAACGCGGGGCUGUCCUUGGCUUCUUCAUUCUGUCAGUGUAGUCUGUGCAUGGUGUGAGACUGGUCUGUGCAUGGCUUAUGGCCUUAUUUUCCCCAGUAACAUUACAUAUUUACCAGCGUUGUCGCUUAUGAUGUUCAUCUCAAAGCCUCCGGCCCUGACCUCACAUUGUGAUCCAUUCCCUUUACCAAUAUCCCCAUUGGGUGGUCCCAGGUAAACCCCAACGAAACUCUCUUUGAGUCGGGUUGAUCACAGGGAAAUGGUGAAACUUUCUGCACCUCACAGCUGUGACUGUUUCAUCUGCGUCCAUCUCAUUCUUACAAAGGGGAGGUCAUCACAAUCAGAUACAGUCCACCAAUCCACAAAGUCCACUGACAAGGUUUUUAAUGUUACAACAUCUUCAAUUUGCACCCGUCUUGUUGUCUAUGUGUUAAUUCGGUCAUUGUGGUCAGUGUUGGGGCAACGUGUUACAAGUAGUAUGCCUUAAGCUGGAUUUAUACUUCUGCAUUGAGGUAACAGUGUACCCCAUCUUGCACAUAGCAUUGCAAACAUUUAUACUUCUGCAUUCUGUCUGUGCUGCUCUGUAGAAGAAGAACACUUCUGAAAUUUUUGUAUGCAGUGGGGUUUUUAUGUUUCACUGUUUCGAGUUUCUUUAUUGCUUGUUUGGUUCAAUGCUACUGUAGCGGUUAAACUCACAUUUAUUCAGAGAAAAAAUGGGGAGGAACCGUUGAACGUUCAACAACUUUAUUUAUAAAAUAACCCCUAAACAAAAGUCCAUCUGCAGGAUUCAUUAUUUUUUAAACCAGCCUCGCUAUCACUCCUAUGGCUCUCGUACCCACCCAUACUCAUAGUCAAAGAUCUUGCGAUAAGCAUUGUUGCAACGUAUAGUUACAUUCGUUCUGCAUGACAGAGUUCAUGUCUGGGGUAUGGUGAAGGAAGGGUAUGGGACCAAAUGGGCUCAAUGCAGAAGUAUAAACUGGCAUUUACGAGUACAAUAUUGUGAGUUACAAGUAACGUGUUACAAGAAACGCAUAAUAAAACUACUUGUCAAGUAUCAAGUAAA